ACCGAUUCUUCAUGUAGGCUGUAGUGAAUUCACCAUUAGGAAAUCUCUGAACACAAAAACACUAGCACUCAUAGAAGUAAUGACAAAUAACGAGGAGAGUAUUAGGGCGAUUGAGGAUUACAUUGGCGGCGGUGGCUGUGGAGAUGCUGAUGAAGGUGGUGGUGGUUUCAAAGGGGAGGAAUCGGUGAAGACAUUUAAAGCUGUUAUAGUUAAAGAAGAAACAGUGAUAAUUCUUGAUGAAGAUGACCCCAUUGAAGGCGUUGGUGGCGGUGAUACUGGUGGAGCUGAUGAUCGUAGUGGAGGUACUGGUGGCGGAGGCUCUUUUUCAGUGCCAAAACCAAUUGAAGGGCUACAUGAGGCUGGUCCACCGCCCUUUUUGAAGAAGACAUUUGAAAUGGUGGAUAACCCAGAAACAGACUCCAUCAUAUCAUGGAGUUCCAGUCGUACCAGCUUCAUUGUCUGGAACCAUCACAAGUUUUCUACAGAUCUUCUUCCCAAACACUUCAAACACAACAAUUUCUCUAGCUUUAUUCGCCAACUCAACACCUAUUUAAUGCCAAGUCAAUCCGUUUGUAAUCUUCUAUAUUUUGCAUUUGAGAAUCAUUGUACCUGGAUUUGGCUAACACCCGAGUAUUUGAUUGGGUUUUUUGGGGUGGGAUUGGUGAAGCGCUUCAGAAAGAUCAAUUCAGACAGGUGGGAAUUUUCCAAUGAGGGGUUUCAAAAAGGGAAGAAACAUUUGCUGAUGAACAUCAAGAGGAGAAAGCUACAGUCUCAAAACAUGCAGCAACAAGGAGCAACACAAUCUUGGCAGUGUGAUUCCACAAAGUUUGGAGUGGAGGAAGAGCUUCAAAAACUGAGGAAUGAUCAGAACACAUUGAAAAUGGAAAUCCAGAAGCUAAAACAUCAACAACAGAACAUAGAUAAUUGUUUCGCCACUGUCAAAGAGCGUUUACAAAAUACUGAAUGUAAGCAGCAAAAGAUGGUACUCUUCAUGGCCAAAGCAUUCAGGAACCCAGUUUUUGUUCAGCAACUUUCUCAUCAGUUCAGGCAGAAGAUUGAACUGGGUAGCGGUGAAAUUGCAAAGAAACGAAGAUUGGUUGGACCACAAGGCAAUGAAAGCUCGGUAAAGGCCAUGGAUACCAUAGCCAAGAACCAAGUUCAGGAAGAGCUAAAAACAUUUCAGUCUGAAAUACAGACUCUGUACUCUUCAGAUGAAUCAGGGAGCCCUGUUCAGGACCACAACACAAAAGAAUUCUCUGGAACUAACAGUCCAUAUUCAAUAUCUGAGAACUUUGUACUGUGGGAGAAGCUCAUGGAGGAUGAUUUGAUCAUUUAUGAGAAUGAAGCAGCAAGAGAACUAGCCAAUCACCAGUCCAAUUUUGUCUGUGAUUUGGAAGAUUUGAUUGCACAUCCACCCAAUUGGGGUGUGUACGUCAAUCUGGGGGAGCAAGUUGACUGUCCUGAAUCAAACCCCUAAUUUCAAU